AAACACUUUUGCAUCUGUGUGACAAUGCUAUUACAGCUUGUUUCCGGUAGCUUUUUAAUGGUUUGACCAAAGAGUUUUAAGAAAAAAAGAUCUGCUCAAGUUCUUAAUGGAUUUUAAGUGUAAGAAAAAUAUACAUAUAAAAUGAGUGUUGUAGAAAAUAUAUCUCUAUAUCCAAAUGUUUUUCACUAUAUACCCACUAGAAUGUUGAGAAAGUGGUUUUAAAUUCUGAAUAGCUGUGUACCUUUUUGGUGCCUGCGGCUGCAAUGGACCUGAGUUUUGAUUACUUUUUAGAGAUAAGAGUAAAAGCAACCGCCAUCGAGUCAUAGGUCCCGAUAAGUGUAUUUUAUUUUUUUUUAAAUAUUUAUUUAAAAAAUAUUCACAGUAUUAUUAAAAAUAUUUUAUUAAUAAUUAACUAAAAAAGUUGCAUCCGACACAACUUCGGUAGUUUAGCAUUUCUGUUUUAGAGAAUCACAGCCUUAAAACAGUGCAGUAGGUGCGUGGUACCAUUGACAGUGUAAAAAUAAUAACUUUUUAUUUGUGUCCCUUUCUUUUUAUUGUAUUUUGUCCUUUUAUAUAUAUAAAUAUACAUGGUGGUUACAGGCUGAGUCAGAGCAUAGCCUAAAAAUUUGAAAAAAAGUGGGAAUGACGUCUGAGGCCCAAGUAAGGCAAAUAUGAGGUGUAUUGGUUAAGGGACCCGCCUUUUGGUCUCCCAAUUUAUGUUUCUAUAAACCCAAUUGGUCUCCAAAAGAUAUCACAAAAAGUUUUGUUGAGUCAGAGUCUUUGUUAAAUGGCUGUUUGAUUAAAUAAAAACCUUUUUGUUGGAAUAAAGGACGAGAAGAAAAAUUUGAGUUUUCGCACUUCAGAAUUCAGUGUGUAUCUCUAUCUAUCUAUUCAACAACUCAUGUUGUUGAAUAUGUACAUUCUCUAUCAGCUCAUAAAAAGGUACUGAAGUAUCCAACUCCAUCAUUGUCAAUGCUGUACAUGUUGUUGGUGAUUUCCCAGGACACUAAUCAAGUAAAAUACAGAAACACCAACCUUGAGAGUGAGGUUAAUGAACUGAAGGCUCAUGUUGCAGAGCUAUACUCUCAACUUAAACAUGGCAAAGAUGAAAAAACUAAACUAAAAGAGGCGAUUAAAAAAGUAAAGAAAAGGUAUGCGGCUUUGGAGGACAAACUAGAGAAGCUGUCAACAAACAUAGCUGAGAUGAAGACUGCAUCUUCGCAUCAUUCACUUAAUGCAGUACCGGUUGUCUUGUCGGAUGCCACCAUGCCUCAAUCUGAGACGGCAAGUCCGAAGAUGGAUGUUGAGAUUCCAAAUAAGGAGAAUGAUAUUGCUGCCUGCCUUGUUGUUUUGAUAAUUUUAGUUUCUAUUCUUGUUGGUAUCAAUCUGUAACGUCAAUACCAUGCAUUUCCUGUGAACUAAAAAUGUUGGGCGUCCAUGGUCAUGCAUCGAUGCUUUAAAUUUCUAAAGUUGUGUUUGGAUUGAAGAAUUUGAAUUUGGAUUUGGAUACCAAAUCAAUGCCAUGAUUUUAAGUUCCUUUUCUUUAAUCUA